AUGGUACAUUUUAGAAGAAAAUCGAACCAUAGUGGUUCUAUGGACUCACCGGACCAAGACAAAGGACAUAGACCUCAAAAGUCAGUAGGAAGUGGUGACAUGAAAUUAUCGAAGGAAGAGGCGGCCAGGUUUAAAGUUAGAACUGCGUCAGUAAAUGACCCCAUUUUAGAGGCAGUCCAAGAGGCUCAACCUUUCGAGCAAGCUGCUGAUACGUUUAAAACUAACAUGAAUAGAAGAUCCUACUUUGAUGCAGAGGAUGGUUCUAAAGUUCAAGCUACUGACGUUUUCGGUAAUGUUAUCGAGGUGCCAGAUAUCUCUAAUCCAACUAGAUCAAGAGAUGAGAGACCCCUUGACACAAUCCGUGGGUUUGAAUAUGCUAUAACAGGGGACCCCCAGUUGGCUCAACAGAUAGAAACACCUUAUCUGGGGUUUAAUGUAAGGCAGGAUUUUCCACUGGGCAAUCCUUACGAUAAUUACCUAGAAGCUAAUGGUGGGGUCGGACCUAGUCAAGGAACUCAAUCCCAAGGUGUUUAUCAGACUCCACUAUCUACUGAUGGCGACGAAAAGAAAAAGAAAAAGAGAAACUGGUUUGGCAGAAAGAAGAAGAGUUAG